GCGCCAUUGUAGAGAACCACACAACGUGAAGAUUUCGAUAUCGGCCUGCGAGUGCAUAUGUCUGGCGAAUAAAACAUUUUAGGCAACACGGCGUAAACCCACAAGGAGAAUGGCGUACAGGGGACAAGGACAGAAGGUCCAGAAGGUUAUGGUGCAGCCAAUUAACCUUAUUUUCAGAUAUCUACAGAAUCGCUCUCGUAUCCAGGUGUGGCUUUAUGAACAGGUGAACAUGAGGAUAGAGGGCUGCAUCAUUGGCUUUGAUGAGUACAUGAAUCUGGUUUUGGAUGAUGCUGAGGAGGUCCACAUGAAGACCAAGAACAGGAAGCCUUUGGGGAGGAUCAUGCUGAAAGGAGAUAACAUCACCCUUCUUCAGAGCGUAGCCACCUAACUCAGUCCAUCAGGACAAAGGCUAACAGAUGCGGUUUAGGAUUUGAGGAUCUAGUGAUUAUUUUUUUUUUCUCCACUUAUUUUUUCUGUUUUGUGCAUACAACAUUGCAGCUCAAUAGUGUUUGUGUAGGGUAAUAUACCUUAGAAUUUUUUACCAACUUCCUCUGAAAUAAAUUACGUUUUGUUUCGU